AUGUUUGCGAACGGCAAGCUGGAUAAAAGAAAGAGGGCAGAAGAUGCGGCGAGAGAGAAGGGCGGCGUUGGGCGUGGCUCGCGCCGCACGCGACCACGUGCCAAGAGGAAAGGGGGGAGACGCGAAAAGAACUUCGGGAGUCCCACGAUUGAAGGCACUGCCGCCGACGAGGAGGACGGCUCCGACUACAACAACGACGAGCCGGACAACUACGAGGACGAGGGCACGGGCGAGGAGGAGGAGGAGUCCUCCCCUGCCCCGCCGCCCAACUUCUUCUCCUCCCCUGUCAACUACACCAUGCGGCCCGGGGACGACGUCAUGUUCCCCUGCCAGGUGGACAGCAUCGGUAAAAUGGUUCAGAUGUGGCUGAAUGGAUCUCAAACCAUUACUGUCAAGGAUUCUAUCUUGGGGGACAAAGAACGUGUUAGUAGAUUUCCUAAUAUGACUCUUUUGAUUAAAAAUGUCAGGCCAGAGGACUCUGGUACAUAUACAUGCCAGAUUGUCUCCCAGCCUCUUGCCAACUUGACUCACUAUUUGAAAGUACCAGCUCCAGCAAAAAUUCUGAGUCACAGUCAAAAGCAAUCAGUAACCCUUGGUCAGUCUCUGACAUUGACGUGUAAUGUAUGGGGAUAUCCUCAGCCUAUUGUCAAGUGGACCCUCCAGGGCAGGGAAGUUCCUGAUGCUACCUUCAAUGAAGAUGGAAGUGUUUUAACUGUAAAAAGUGUAACAAAACAUCAUGAAGGUCACUACAAAUGUAUUGCCGACAAUCAUGUUGGACGGCCAGUAGACGCCACAAUAAUAGUAAAUGUUGCCAACAGACCACAAGUGACUGCUCAAAAGAGUAAGAUAAAUAGUGGGGAAGGAGAGACUGUUGAUCUUGCAUGCACUGUGUCAGGACAACCAAAACCAAUGCUGAAAUGGUACAAGGAUGGGCAAGAAAUGGAAAUAGGAACAUCGCGUUUUGAGGUUUCUGCAAAUAACAACACCUAUAUACUCCGUAUUAAAAACCUGGAGAAAUCAGAUUUUGGAACGUAUUCUUGCGUUGCCAAAAAUAAACACGGCAUUAGACAGAAAAACAUUACACUUACAGGUUUUCCAGAUAUUCCCAAAUACCGUGGAUCUGAAGUUGAAGAUGACAAAGUCAUUCUGAAAUGGGAUGUUGAAAGUUCUGUUCCCAUUGAGAAACAUGAAUUGCGCUACAGGAAGCAAGGGGUUGAGGAUUGGGAGGUUGCCAACCCUAUGGUGAAAGAUCCUCAAGGAAACAUUUACAGUGUAGAAUAUGCUCUUGAAAAUCUUUCAGCUGGAAAUUAUGAAGUAGUUUUCCGUUCUAAGAAUGAAUAUGGAUGGGGAGAGCAGUCUGAGCUGGAGCAUUUUAAACAAAGUGAAAAACUUAAUAAUCAUGAGGAAGAAUCACCAAGCAUAGAAGAGAAACCUGCUGCUGAGACAAGCAAAAGAGGACCAGAUGGCAGUGCUUCCUCUAUCUGCACUCUGUCAUCGUUGACUUCAGCAUUCUUGGCGAUAUCUAUUACAAAUGAAUAUCAGCUUACUCCUAGAGUUAGCUGAAGGAGAGAUAAAAAUUGAAGGCCCUCAUGGCAGCUGUUACAGGAGAUGAAUUGAUAAUGAAGGAUGUAUUAAAUACUUCAACAUGCCAUAAACUCAAUCAAUCCAGUGAAGUGUUGCAGAUUUCAUGUAUCUUACUGUUUAUUAUGAAUGUCUAUGCUUUCCUUCAAAGAACAUAUUUCAGAAUUCUAUUAUUUUAUUAAAUGGACAUAAUCUUCAAGAGAAAGAGAAAAAAGAAAGUGUGAGAGAAAAAAAUUUGUAUUAGAUAAAUAUUGAUUGUUUACAAGAAAAACAGGUUUAAAACUCUUUCCUUGUCACUGCAGUCUCCUGCAUCUGUUGAUGUAUUUGUGUCACAGCUGUUUUGCUUCAAAUGGAGCAUUUCCAGUCUAUUAGAUGGUGCCUUCAUUCAACACAUCAUUGUGACUUUUAUCACCAAAAUUUAUCAGUCAAAAGUUUUUCCCACUGCUACUUAUUAGAAUACUUCUCACAACAGUGAACAUUUCAUAUCCAAAAGUCCAUUUGCAAGAAUUGUGGUUGGCAUCCUGCCUUUUGUGUAAACCAAAGUAUUUUCUCCAGGAGAAAGAGUUCCAUGUUGAUAAGUCCUGGGGUAUAGCUGUUUAUAGUCCACCAAGUGUAUAAAAAAUUCUAUAUUCUAGUUUGUUGCAAUAAAUAAAAAUGUCUACUUAGCCAUAAUGUUUGAGAGCCUUCAUCGUAAAUUGCAUUGUAAAAAGUGUUAUUUAAAUGUCUUCUGCUCCAUGCCUAUAUACUUUCCCUUUAUAGUUUUAGCUUGUUUACAAAAUGCUUUAGAAAGUGCUAUAGAUAAUGUAAACCAGUAUGAUUGUAGACAAAAAUAUGUGAUUGUAUCUAAAUAGCCAUUAUUGACCAUGAAUUCAUUUUGAAAUCAUAAAUUAAGUUUAAAAUUUAAUAAAAAGACAAUGGGAAAUAAAUUAUUUAUGUUAUUUUCAUUAUUACUUAUUGAGCUCAUUCAAGUCAAUGAUCGGAAUGUUCAAGGCAAAAAUGUACCUUCUAAUAAAAAUGUUCUUAUGGUUUGAUUUAAAACAAUUCUAUUUUCUGGCUGCAAAUUAUUAUCAUGAAUUUGUGAGUAAUGUUUAUUGAUCAAUUAAAUGAUAAUGAUCUAAAAUAUUUAUAACAAUAUUUCUUACUCAUAUUGGAGUGUUCAAUUUUGUUACAUAUUUUUAUCUACAUAUCAUAAUCAUUAACACCUAUAAUUAGAAUAUUUUUAUAAGCUAUUUAAAACAUCUGGUCACAUAAUGCCUAAAUAGUGUGAUAAGAAGUAUGAAAAUGGUGAGCAGUGAACGCUGCAUAUCCAUGGAUAAGCACAAACAUACAGGUGUAUUAAAUGUGUACAUAUGUGUCAGUUUUCUAGGAGAGAUUCCAAACAAAAUAUCAAUGUAAUGUGUGAAUGUAUUAUGAUUGUACAUUAUAUUAUAAUUAAAAUUAUUUAUAAUUUCAGCUCAUUAUUUCUAUCAGACCAUAGAGGAACAUAUUGUUAUCUUUUCUUUAAGUAUGAAGUCAAAUCACAUUACAACAGAGACCCAUUUUGGAAUGUCAUUGGUGCUAAUGUGUAAAUGUAUGGAAGUUUAAUGAAACAUAUCCUUUACAUGAAAUAUAUUUUAAACACAAAAAGUUCUAUUGUCAAUUAGAUAUCAAUUUGUUGAAAGUUAAUUUUUUUUUGAAUUUAAUAAUAACAUUGUUGUUUAAUAAUUUAGCAUUCCUUGAUGUAGAUUGCUGCAUUUUCACACCACCAUACUUUUGUUUAGAUACAAUACUAAGGACCUUUUUUAUGUUUGUUGCUGUGUUUCUUUACAUUUGCGAGUGAAUGUUCAGUUCAUUGAGCAAUUUUGUAUGUAUGUAAGUGGUCUACUUCCGACUACAUUGUGUGAUAGAAAUAUAAAUGUACUAUAGACAUUAUAAAAACUUUUAAUUAAACAUGUGGCAAACCUUCCUCAUCCAUUACAUUAAUUUUCAGCAGAAUAUGAGUCAGUAAAAAAGUAGUAAAAAAGAAAUCAAAUUCAAAAUACAUUUAAGGUAUAUAAUGAUUUUUAGUUAAUUGGUUUGAAAAUAAUAUGGAAGAGAAUGUCCUAAUAAUUCUUUAUCAUAGGGUUCAAGAAAACUAUUAUACUUCUAUCAGUCGCGGCUCGUAGUUUUCCAAAUGGGGAAGGCUGCAAAUGUAUUGCAUUAAUGCAUUGUAUUGUAUUCUGUACAUAAUCUCUUCCGAUAUGGGCAUGAGGGAGUCGUGCUCCUACUGUGUUCUCUCGAUAGAGAGAACUAGUUGGUGCUCAAUCCUUCUUGCUGAGCUGUAUAGUAAUGCUAUCUACUGAGCACGCCCUUCUUCAACCCUACACCCUUCCUUGAAGGCUGUCUGGCUGCAGCCUUCGUCCACCAGUCGCCUGUCUUUCCUGUCAACAGCUUCAAAGCAUUAUGGACGGCCAUUAUCGAACUGACAGAAACAUGAUGAUUGUUACAUGAUGUAACUUAGAAAUUCAUUAUUAAUAAAUACAAUUACAGAAAACAAUUUAAUUUCUUUUGGGUGGCGAUUGCUAUGGGAGAAG